AUGAACCCCAAUGUCACCUACGCCAGUCGCAAGCGGCGGAAACCUGUGCAGAAAAUAGUAAAGCCAUCUCCAGCUGAAGGAGUCAAAUCCAAUCCAUCCAAGAGGCACAGGGACCGUUUGAAUGCGGAAUUGGAUCGCUUGGCAAGCCUUCUGCCUUUCCCUCAAGAUGUUAUCGCCAAAUUGGAUAAGUUGUCUGUGCUUAGGCUCAGCGUCAGUUACUUGCGAGCCAAGAGUUUUUUUGAUGUUGCAUUAAAAUCUUCAAACUCUACAAGGCUAGAAAGAAAUGGCAUUCAGGAAAACAGAACAGCAAAACUUGGAGAGGGGAUGCAGAUCCUGGAAGGAGAGCUCUUAUUGCAGGCAUUAAAUGGCUUUGUAUUAGUUGUGACAGCAGAUGCUUUGGUUUUCUACGUCUCAUCUACCAUCCAAGACUACCUGGGUUUCCAACAAUCUGAUAUUAUACACCAGAGUGUAUUUGAAUUGAUUCACACUGAAGACAGACCUGAAUUUCAGCGUCAGCUACACUGGGCAUUAAAUCCUGCCCAGUCUGCAUAUUCUGGACCAAGUGUGCAAGGAGAUAAUGGCUUUUCACAGCCAGCAAACUAUUAUAACCCAGACCAACUUCCUCCAGAGAAUUCUUCCUUUAUGGAAAGGAAUUUCAUCUGCAGAUUACGAUGUCUCCUGGAUAACUCAUCUGGGUUUCUGGCUAUGAAUUUUCAAGGACGAUUAAAGUUUCUCCAUGGUCAAAACAAGAAAGGGAAGGAUGGUGCUGCAUUGUCCCCUCAGCUGGCAUUGUUUGCAGUAGCUACUCCUCUACAACCACCUUCCAUCCUUGAGAUACGGACUAAGAACUUCAUCUUCAGAACAAAACACAAACUGGAUUUCACACCUACUGGCUGUGAUGCAAAAGGAAAGAUUGUCUUGGGAUACACUGAAGCAGAGCUGUGUAUGAGAGGAACAGGAUACCAGUUCGUUCAUGCAGCUGAUAUGCUUUAUUGUGCUGAAAAUCAUGUCCGAAUGAUGAAGACAGGUGAGAGUGGAAUGACUGUCUUCAGGCUUCUAACCAAAGAAAAUCGGUGGGCCUGGGUACAGGCAAAUGCACGUCUUGUCUAUAAAAAUGGAAGACCGGAUUACAUCAUUGCCACGCAAAGACCUCUUACAGAUGAAGAAGGAGCAGAACAUCUGCGGAAGCGUAACAUGAAGUUGCCCUUCAUGUUUGCUACUGGUGAGGCUGUGUUAUAUGAGGUAACCUUCCCCAUGUCCAGCUUAUCAGAUGCCUCUCAGCCAAGGAGUAAAACCACCACAGGAAAAGGAGGCAAAACUACGUUACACGGGGAUUCUGUGGAUCCAAACUCCCUUCUAGGUGCCAUGUUAAGGCAAGAUGAGUCUGUGUAUCUCUGUCCUCCAGCAUCACACAAACUUUCCUUUGAGCGGAACUUCUUUACAGACAACAGGGGUGAACUGGGCGGUGUUGUUAGCAGUGACUGGACAGAUAGUCUCCUGCCUACUGGAAGUCACAGUAUUCUCAAGCAGGAACUAAUGGAGUGUUCUCAGGACAGUAGUGUGCCACUUCCUGAAGACAGUGCCGCGCUCUUUCAAGAUAACAAAACAAAUGAUUUGUACAGCAUCAUGAAAAGUCUGGGUAUUGACUUUGAAGAUCUGAAGUGUAUUCAGCAGGAUGAGGAGUUUUUUAAAACUGAAUUAUCUGGUAUGGAUGAUAUUGGGGACAUCGACAUAACUGAUGAAAUCCUGACUUAUGUGCAGGAUUCUUUAAAUAAGUCAGACUUCUUAUAUUCGGGCUCUAACCAGCAGCAGCCCCUGGUCCAGAAUGCCGGUUGCUUGGUACAGCAAGAAUUAGAUCAGCAUCAAAUUCAUCAGCAACAGAAACAGCUCAUGGAGCAGCAGCAACAACAGCAACAGCAACAGCUCUGUCAGAAAAUGAAACAUAUGCAAGUCAAUGGGAUGUUCACAAAUUGGAGCUCUGGCACCAGCAUGCCUCUUUGCUCACAGCAGCAGCCCCAGCAAUACACGUUCCCUGGCAUGCAAUCUGCUGCUGCUGAGUUUCCUUACAAAUCAGAAGUAAACACUUCACCUUAUGCAUGUAGGCAAGAAUUUGUUCCUUACAAGCAACCCACAACAAUGAUGCCACAGCUUUCUAACUUUUCCCAAAUGGAUUUCCCUGUAGCAGGUCUUGACAGAUCAGCCUAUUCUGCUUCUUCCAACUUGGAGGAUUUCCUCAGUUGUUUGCAGCAGGUCCCUGACAAUCUCGACUGUGGGAUAAACUCGGAGUCGGUUAUGCUGACCCCCCAAACAUGUUAUGCAGGUGCCGUUUCUAUGUACCAGUGCACACAAGAAGCACAGCCAAACUGCAUGGAUCAAAUGCAAUAUGAUCCCAUGAUGGCAAAUCAGCAAACAUUGCUAAACAAGUUCCAAAAUGGUUUCAAUGGAGGAAAUGUAAAUGAAGCAUAUCCAUCUCAGUUAGAUGUGAUAAGUAAUUCACAGACUGCCACACAUCUUCAACCUGUUCAUCAUCAAACGGAGCCCAGAUCCUUCCCAGAUUUGGCAUCUAGUGGAUUUAUGUAAUUCAGAUCUAGAGCUCCAUCUGUGAUUUUGUCUGGUUAUCAGGCUGCUCUGAGGAAAAGCUUGAUAAGUCUGUCUUUCAGCAUCGGACUUCAACAGCUAAAUUAGAUUUUGAAAAACUGAGGUUGAUUGCACUAUGUAUUGGUGGAUAUGUAAUCCAAGACCCUAUCUUUUUAGGAUGGCAGGUGGAAUUAAAACUCUUGACUUAAAAGUAUGCACGUGCUGUUUUCCAUCAGACUGACUAUGUCAUUGUGGUAUGGAUUACAUAUGUACUAAAGAUUAUGUCAUGCUAUACAACAUAAGGCAAAUGGUUUUGUUAUUUAGAAAAAUAAUUGGGCACUUUACAAAUAGCAUCAUUGGCACAAGGAAGAUAAUAUCACACUUAGAUUAUUUCCAGACUUCAUGUAAAA